CUUCUAGGGUCAAUAUCAGUAUUCAAACUUAAUCCUUUUGCCGGCAUUUAGUUUCCUGGAGUACUUGCGGGCUUGUUAGUUUGCACAAUUGCACCCGUCAGUUUGAGUGAUUCUUAUCUAUAAAAAGGCCUUGACGGACGGUGCCUCCCACCCACAAUAACCAAAAUCAGUGAUGGCAUUUGAAGGCUAUCUACUCCUAGGCCUCCUCGUCUUUCUUGCUUCAUUGAUUGAUAAUAGCAUUAUUGCUGUUACACCAUGUCUAAACAGUACUGAUUCACUCAACCGGAGCAGUUUUCCAGCGGGUUUCAUUUUCGGAACGGCAUCAUCGUCUUACCAGUAUGAAGGUGCGGCAAAUGAAGGUGGCAAAGGACCAAAUAUAUGGGAUACUUACACCCAUAGAUAUCCAGGUAGGAUAACGGAUGGCAGUAAUGGAGAUGUAGCUGUUGAUCAAUAUCAUCGCUAUAAGGAAGAUGUUGGGAUUAUGAAGGAGAUGGGUUUAGAUGCAUACAGGUUCUCGAUCUCUUGGUCCCGAGUGUUGCCAAAAGGAAAGCUAAGUGGAGGUGUGAACAGGGAAGGAAUUAAAUAUUACAACAACCUCAUCAAUGAGCUCCUGGAUAAAGGUCUAAAGCCCUUUGUGACACUUUUUCAUUGGGAUAUGCCCCAAGCCUUGGAAGAUGAGUAUGGUGGUUUCUUAAGUCCUCACAUUGUUGAUGACUUUCGAGACUAUACUGAGCUUUGCUUCAAGGAAUUUGGUGACCGUGUAAAGCAUUGGAUUACACUAAAUGAGCCAUGGAGCUUCAGCAAUGUUGGUUAUGCAACCGGGCAAUAUGCACCUGGUCGAUGUUCCAGUUGGCAAAAUCUGAACUGCACCGGUGGAGAUUCAGGCACAGAGCCAUAUUUGGUCACCCAUAACCUGCUUCUUGCUCAUGCAGCCGCUGUUCAAGUGUACAAGCAAAAAUAUCAGGCAUCACAAAAAGGUGUUAUAGGGAUUACGCUAAUAAGCCAUUGGAUGGUGCCAUUCUCUGAUGCCAAGCACAACCGCAAUGCCGCACUACGUGCCCUUGAUUUCAUGUUGGGUUGGUUUUUGGACCCCUUGACAAAUGGUGACUAUCCCCAUAGCAUGCAGUCUCUGGUUGGAAAGCGUUUGCCUAAGUUCACGAAAGAGCAAUCGAAGCUUGUAAAAGGGUCAUUUGACUUCAUCGGAUUAAACUACUAUACUGCCUACUAUGCAGCCUAUGCACCUAACCUUAAUGCGGGACAUGCAAGCUACUUAACAGAUUCUCUUGCCAAUCUUACAGCUGAGCGCAACGGGAUCCUCAUUGGCCCACCGGCUGCGUCUGAUGGGCUCUAUGUCUAUCCUAGAGGAUUUCUGGAUCUUUUGCUUUACACAAAGGGGAGGUAUCAUAAUCCACUAAUCUACAUUACCGAGAAUGGGGUUGAUGAGUUCAAUAAUGCCACCUUGUCGCUUGAAGAAGCCCUUGUGGACAACCAUAGAAUUGAGUAUCACCAUAGCCAUCUUUGGUAUCUUCGCAAGGCUAUCAUGGAAGGUGUAAACAUUAAAGGCUACUUUGCGUGGUCAUUGUUGGACAACUUCGAAUGGAAUUUAGGUUAUACAGUUCGGUUUGGCAUCAACUACGUGGACUACAAUAACGGACUGAAAAGACACCCUAAGCUUUCAGCCCGUUGGUUCAAGAAUUUCCUCAAGAAAUAAACGGACAUGACGUACGAUCGAUGCUCAUAUAAUUAUCAGAUAUCUAUAUAAUAAUAUUGGACCGUAUAAUUCCAAUCAAAAAACUUUUUUUUUUUUUCCGACAUGAAUUCCAAUCAAUAAAUUGAAGAUAUCAUUUCUUCUCCAUCUGUAAUCUCUUUAAAUAAUGUGAUUAUUUUGUGUACAGACUCAAAUGCUUGUUAAAUAAUAAUCGCUUUAUACUUUCUUUCU